UUUCCUGAAGGGGGCUUUCUUGUUUUGGGGUGACCGGGCAGGCAUGAGGACUCGACCUGCUGGGAUCGGGAACGCCAACGCCGACUGGAUGGGCUCGCUGCCCCCCAAACUUUGGCUGGUGCCACUCAAUCAUCUCGCCGUUCCAGGCUCUCACGACUCCUUCACCUACUGGGUCGAUGCGCAUGCUCCCGUCGGUCCCGAUCAAAAGAUCUACGUCAAGUACCUGGCUACCAUGUUUAGCGUUCUAGCCAAGAAGGUGAUGGUGAAGUGGUCCAUGACGCAGAACCUGACGUUUAAGGAGCAACUGGACGCGGGCAUCCGCUACUUUGAUCUCAGGGUCUCCUCAAAGCCGGGCCAGCCGGGGCUUGAGAUUUUCUUCAUCCACGGUCUGUUUGGACACAAGGUGAGAGACGGCCUCAUUGAAAUCAACUCCUUCUUGUGCCGGCACAGGAAAGAGGUUAUCUUCUUGGACUUCAACCACUACUACGCCAUGGGCUCGGCCCACCACGAAUACCUCAUCAAAAUGCUGCAGGAAGUGUUUGGCGGUAAGCUCUGUAAGGACUGCCAAGUGGAGACCGUCACUCUGGACUACCUCUGGAAAAACAAAUACCAGGUCAUCGUUUUCUACCAUCAUCCGUCAGCCCAGGGCGUCCCCGUCAUGUGGCCCGGCGACAAGAUCCCGGCGCCGUGGGCAAACACCACGGAACCCGGCAAGCUCAUUCGGUUCCUGGAAAGCACCCUGAAGCAAAGAGCCAAGCAGGGGUCGUUCCAUGUGUCCCAGGCCAUCCUCACGCCCCGGGUCAACACUGUGGCCAGGGGUCUGCUUUGGGGGCUACGGAAUUACUUGGUCGAAAGCAGAAACCUCCCAUCCAUCAUGUCCUGGGUGGAGGUCCAGAGGCCAGGGUCGGGCGGGGUCAACAUCAUCACCUCUGACUUUGUGGAACUCACCGACUUUGCCAACAUUGUCAUCGGCCUCAACAACUCGCUGUUGUCUGAGCAAGAGCGCAAAGCGAGAUGAUGACGAGUGGGAACGGGCGUGCCGACCGAUAGCGCCGGCGACGGGCUAGCGUCCAUCGCUCGCGGUUGCGGCCGAGGGCCGUCAAGUGGGGAGCGCAAAGAGGAGCAGGUCGGAUUGAUGCCGCGCAUUCCUCUGUUGUUUGCGUUGGCCCUUGCGCACUCUUCAUUUCUUUGCGACCAAUGGACAGCGGGUUUCGAUUUCCCAUGUUUCAAAAAGCUUCCGCUUUAGCGUGCCGUGCUGUAGAAAUAGAGUGGAGGCUCCAAAGCUAUGUACCUUUCUAUCGAACGACCUCAUCUGUGACUUCCAAGUUAUUCUACUUUCCAAAUAAUAAAAGAAUAGACCGGGAAAUACUACGCUUCGCUUGAGCUGGAGCCAAAACGCACUCCUGACUUCUGAGGAUUGUCGCGUUCCCGAAUGACUCGCGUUGUUUUCAAAGUCCUCCUUUAAACGGGCGCCAAAUAAAACACGGGAGCUCACAUGUAGAAGCGGAUGAACCCAGUCUGGACAUGACGAGACAUGCUCGAGAUUUUUCAGGUUGUUGUUUUUUGCACACAUCAAAUCAGAGAGUGCGUCUGACUUUCACGUGGCUAACGCGACCACUUAAUGUACAAAAUGUCAUAUUUGCCAAGCAAAAUGCUUAUCCGCUCAUCAAAUUUUUGGGAAAGCCGAGUUCAUUUUCAAAGCCGAUGCUGAUGACAUUGCCUGAUGACCUGCGUUCAAACGAACAUUAAAAAAAAGGACUGAAAUAGAACCCGUUUGGCAAAAUGACUGACCUGGCAGCAGUCCAGACCUGUCUCCCAUUGCAAAUCGGGAUGGAUCCAGAUGAUUUUAUUUUGUGCAACCGCUCAACUCAAUAAAAUGGAGGCCAUUCCACUCACUGUUUUUUUUUUCAGUGCGGUCGCAUCAUGCGUGGGACUUGCUCUAAAAUGCUGAGGUGUUUUUUUUUUUCAUUUCUUUGACAUGUUAGCGAUGCCAUUCUAAUCCAACAGUCAACUUUGCACGUGAGCAGGAGUGCAGCGUUGCCACGUGAUACGUGGCCAGGUUUUGGUCCUC